AAUUUUAUGGUCAUGUCGUCAAAACGUACGCGUUUUUAUUUCAGACAAUUCUAAAACACGGCAAUGGAAGAUGAGGAUGAAAAGGUUGCUUUGAGAUUUGUUAUUCCGACCGGGGAAUCGGAGCUGACAGUGUCAGAUGGAAUGGUUAACGCCUUCCAACUGUGCUCGGAGCAAGGUUUUGAACCGACCUGGAUCAAGGAGAACAAACUACUGGAGUUAAACCCUACCAAGACGGUAACCUUUAUCCAGGGGGACCUGGAUGUGUUUGUUUUUGAUCCUUUCGAGGGACCGGGGUUUGAACAUCUUACAAAAUCUAACAAGUUUAAAUGUACUGUAGUUGGACCAAUGUGUUUAAUUCCUUGUGUAGAGGAGAACUCUCCUAUACCUAACCUGCCCUAUCCUAUGUACAGUACAGCAAUGAAGGGGUUGUGGAUAACAAUCUCAGGAUUCCAUAAAGAUGAGAAGGCUGAGAUCCAAACUUUAAUAGAGAGGAUGUCAGGAAUGUAUUCGCCAGUACUUCAUGACGGUGUAACACAUAUCAUCUCGAGUAAAGUGAAUAGUGAAAAAUAUAAGGUAGCUGUGAAAAUCCCAAUCCCAGUUAUGACAAAGGAAUGGGUUUACGAAGUCUGGAAAGCGUGCAAAAGAGGAACUGUGUCUGCGGUGGAUUCUCGUUUUCUUCAAUAUAUCUGCCCUGCUCUGCUUGGAUUAACAGUGACCGUAUCCCAGCUCUCUAAGGUGGAUAGAAAUGCGAUAAAAAAGAAAAUAGAAACUCAUGGUGGAUACUUCUUGCCCGAGCUGACAAUGGAUGAAACAGAUAUUCUUAUCUGUGUCUCAGGAGAAGGUCCUAAGUUCGAAUUUGCUCAGAAAUGGAAAAUUCCUUGUCUAAACAUACAAUGGAUUCUACACAGUGUAGACAAGGGAACUGCAUUACCAAUGGAUGAGUACAGGGUAGAGCGGGAAUCUAACAAGGCCUCCACACCAACGAAAGAAGAUACAACUGUCACAGGUCUUGAAGAGGUUUCUAUAUAUUGA